AUCACGAUACCUAUAUUUUAGGUAGGCCAAUAUAUCACGACGCGCUUAAUACCCCACACUUUCCCCCUUUGGAAAUAUUCAACUUAUCGGCUUACCGGCCUCAUCAACCGUUAAAACUAAGGCCAUAUCAAGGAUAUCCUUCACGCCGACAAAGGGGACAAAAAUAGUAUUAUAUUCCUCGAGGUUCAUCAUACUGCCGGUCUUCGUCCUCAACCGCUCCUUUGUUACCAUCCCCAUCUACUCCGUCAAAUCAGUGGACAACCACCACGCUGUGGCCACACUAAGGACAAAGAUUCUCGACUUGAACAAAGAAGCGGAUCACCAAAAACCCCGGUAUCUUGAUUGUUCUCGAUCACAAUGCAUUGAUAAGGAGCAUACAUCAAUAACGUUCUUUGCCUUCGAGGGUUCUGGAUCAUAGGGUGAAUCGUCUGUCCUCGACUAUAGAUUCUCCUUGUCCGCCCUUCCGUCCCUCGUUUCAGGCGAUUAGUAUUCUUUUUCGACAUUUUUUAUUCUGCACAUACACCGUACACUGCUAGCCAGUACGUUAACAUCAUGUCGUUCAUACGGCGCCGGAUCGCCGACGCACUCUGCCCGCCGUCCAACUGCACAGCCAGUCUCGCACCUCGAGACACACCCACAGCAACAAAUGCUGUGGCUACGCCCUCAUCUACGAUUAGUCCAUUCUCUACGGCGCUAAAUGGAGUUGAUCAGGAAGGUAACUUGAUGUUCAGGGAUUCGUUAUGGUGGACAUUAGGGGUCAUGGCACUCAUCCUACUUGCCAUUCGCCUUGCCGUCAUCGGAUGGUCUCAAAUCCGACAUGUCUCGGCUAUGUCAUCUUCACCCGCUCAGCAAACUUACUGGAAGAAGACGCAAUGGAGUUGGAUGCCAGCCUUCAAGAAGAACCUCCUCUAUGCACCCUUGUGGAAGAAACGCCACAACAGAGAAAUAAAGAUAUCCUCAGCAGUCUCCAUUGGCACCUUGCCGUCUCGACUCCACUCGGUCGUCCUAGCCAUCUACUUACUUAGCAACGUCGCCUACAUGUUCUACGAGGAUUGGAAUCAGCCAAACGGUUAUUCGCUGGCAGCUGAGAUCCGAGGUCGUUCGGGCACGUUGUCGCUCGUCAACAUGGUCCCUCUUCUAAUCAUGGCAGGACGAAACAACCCCUUGAUCAGCCUAUUACGUGUAAGUUUCGACACUUACAAUCUUAUCCACCGAUGGAUGGGUCGCACCGUCGUUAUCGAGGCUAUCAUCCACACCGUUGCUUGGGCCUAUGUUGAAGUCGCCGCUAGUGGUUGGGGCGGAGCAGGUUAUAAGCUAAUCCGCAACGACUUCCUUGCGUCCGGCUUCGUCGGGACAAUAGCGAUGACGGUUCUCCUCAUCCUUGCCAUGUCACCACUUAGACAUGCUUUCUACGAGACGUUCCUGAACUUCCAUAUUGUUCUAGGAUUGCUCGCACUCCUCAUGACGUACCUUCACUGCGACUUUGCCGAACUUCCUGGAGGCCUUCCUCAGAAAUCGUGGGUGGUGGCAAUUUUUGUGAGUUGGGUAUUGGAGCGCACGGCACGAGCAUUCCGUCUGGGCUAUUACAACUGGUCGAAAAGGGGCGGCUUCACAGAAGCUGUGGUGGAACCCAUGCCUGGCGAUACUACUCGAGUGACGAUGCACCUCCCUCGUUACAUGGACGUCAAGCCGGGAUCGCAUGCCUAUAUCCGCUUCACACAGAUCCGGUUUUGGGAAAACCACCCAUUCUCCGUCGCAUGGGUCGAGCACCACCCCAGCAUUGAUAGGGCAACGCUGAGUGAGAAAGCCGUGACCGAGUCUCAGUUAAAAGAAGGAACAACAUCCGUAUCGUUCGUUAUCGGAGCUCAGACCGGUUUUACUCGGGCACUUUACAAUAAAGCGCUUAGCGGAGGAGCGCCAUCUAUUCGUCUUAGAGCUGCGAUUGAAGGCCCUUACGCUGGACACCACUCAUUGAACUCGUACGGCCACGUUCUACUCUUCGCUGGCGCUACCGGUAUCACCCAUCAAAUUUCUUACCUGAAGCCAUUAGUUCAGGGGUUCAACGAUGGUACAGUUGCGACAAGACGAAUUACACUCGUAUGGAUUAUGCGUGACACGGAGGCACUGGAGUGGGUGCGACCUUGGAUGGACGAGAUACUACGAAUCCCCAGACGACGAGAGAUCCUCUCAAUAAGAUUGUUCGUGACCAGGCCUAAGAAUGCUCGGGAAAUCCACUCGGGCUCUAGCACGGUCCAGAUGUUUCCAGGUCGUCCUAAGAUUGCGACACUGGUUCAGAAAGAGGUCGAAGAACAAGUCGGUGCUAUGUGCGUCACAGUUUGUGGCCCGGGCGCUCUAGCAGACGAUGUUCGACAAGCGGUUCGCGAAGUACAAGAUGGCACUUCGGUGGUGGACUUUAUCGAAGAAAGUUUCACAUGGUGAUCUAUCCAUCAAUCAGUCAGCGGACCCUUCCAACGAACUACAUAUCUCUUAUGGAAUCCAUGAAUGG